AGUAGUACGAAAACAAAGUUACACGGUUCAAUGACCAGCUUAAACUUUAGUCCGUAAUCAAAUAACAUCGCUAACGACCAUAACAUUUAAUUAUUCUGGUUCUCUGAAUUAAUAAGCGUAAUUUGUUAAGAUUUAUGUAAAUACCUAGCGAGCGGUGUGUAUAUAUAUAUGUAAAUAUUGGAAUUUCUGUGGGUUUGUGGAGACAUGUCUGUUAUACCGUUACUCAUGUAGAGUUAACAGAUACCUACCCACAUGCUAGAUUGGUUAGAUACGUCUUAGUUGAUUUGUUAGUCGCAAUAAAAUAUAACCGUAAUUUUUUGUUUUAUUCAAUUCAGUGCAAGUCUCCACUAAAAUUUAUGAACUCUACAUCCUAAUCCUUUCCGCCUAGGAUAGGAUUAGGCAGUUAAUACUUAAACUAGGCUAUUAAAUUAAGCCUAAUUUGAGUUGGGUUAUUGAGUAACAAAGAUACAAACACGCAAACGUUUGUAUAAACCAAAUCAAAUAAAAAAAAAAUCAAAAUCAAAUAAAAGGUAAAUCCAGUUAGCUAUACCUAAAACUAGCAGUCGACUCACUGUUUCCGUUUCAUUCGGAAUACAGCAAAAAGAAUAUUGCUUACUUACUCGCUAAUAAUGUAGAUCUACAUUAGUGAAAAAAUUUAAAUUACUUAGUAAUUUAAGCGUGAAAGUGUAACAAACAAACGGACAUUCGCAUUUAAAAUAUUAGUUAAGAUUAUCACAGAACAGACAACGCUAAAAGCUAACGCUAGAGGAUUAUUGUAUGUAUGCUCAUUUGUUGCAUCUUCGUGCGCGUUGAACUCUUUUACAAGCAAGUGUUAUUUUAAAACCGCUAACUUUGCGGUUAAGGCUUUUGCAGGCUUUCUAAAAUAAACACAUUUGAGAUUUUUUAUGCGUAUACAAGUGUUUUCUUAGUAUCUUAAAUAUUAUAAUUUUUUUUUUUGGUACGAGUGUCUACUUAAAAUAAGUGGGCCCAUAAUAAUCGUCGGUUCAACAAGGUUGGUAGGUAUGCCGUUUUCAAAAUCAGCAGCUUGACUGAGUCUGACUCAGGGGGAAUGGACUCUGUUUGAGGGUGAAUAAACACGCCAGUGAUCCGGUGGCAUUUUAAGACGACUGGUUCUUAUGAAAUCGGUAAAUUCGAUUAAAGCCUCAAUAUGAAUGCAGUUUACCAGGGCCCUAAGCUCGCCGGGCUGACGCUCAUCGGCGUGGGCUCAGCGGUGCUGGUGCUGGCGUCGGACGUGCUGGAGAUCGUGCCCAACGCACUCAACGCGAUCCCCAUCACCGUCAUCGUGCUCGGCUGCGUCAUCUUCGUCAUCUCGUUCUUCGGAUGCUGUGGCGCCAUCAGGGAGAACAGAUGCUUCCUCGCAACCUAUUCAAUCAUUAUGUUGCUGCUGGCGGCAGGCAAGAUAUACUUGGCGGUGGUGAUCUUCAAGGCGAUGGACACCAUUCACAUGAAAGUGGUGGAGUGGCUCACCAAGGCUUUCAUCAACGAGAACAUGAGGCAGCCCUUCCAUGCAGUGGAGAUCGCCUUCCGUUGCUGUGGGACAGUGGGGUGGCAGUCGUACACCGGCUUGCUGCCCGCCCUGCCGCCCUCGUGCUGCAGCGCGGACGCCGCGGUGUGUGACCAGAGCAACGCCUUCGGCGGCUGCAACGGCGUGGUGGGCGACUUCUUCGCCACCUACGGCGAAGCGACGGCCAGCGUCAUUGUAGUCAUUGUUGCUGUAGAGUUGGUCGCGAUGCUCUUCGGCUUUUGCCUUUGCAAUAACAUCACGAACCGGAAAAGAGAGACGGUGUAACUGUAUACCCAAAAACUGUACGAGUAUUUUAGUGUUUUAGGGUUCUGUAGUUCUUUAUGAAUGAUUGUGUAAACCCUUAUAAUUGCGAGUAGGUGUAAAGCAUUGAAAUAGAAAUAUUUCUUGUUCUGUGCUGUAGUGUAUCUCAUCCGUCCCUUUGUAUAAUACAUCACAAGCAUUUUAUUCAAAUGUGGUGUGGAUUUGAAUAUUUUUAGCACUAAAAAUCCUAGCUUAACUCUGCAGGCAGCAUUAGGUAUUGUUAUCGCGGCAUUGCAACGACUUGCGGUACGGAUGACUUCAGUGUGCUCGUGGCGUUCGAGCCGUCCACCAUCUCUUGUUGUGUAAUUUUUUAUGGGUUACUUGGGAUAGGCGGGGAGAGUGAUUUGAGUGGAAAAGGGGAGUGUUUGUUGACAGUCAAAAGAUCCUUUAACCCUACACACAAUGUUCACAAGUGCGUGACUUCACUCAAGGUCAUUCUCUGCCAUUCUAGGGUCUUAUUUUUUACAGUUUGAUUUGUUAAUUAAGUUGUCCUGACAAAUGUUGUGAAUCAUAACCUUUGUUCGACAUUAGUUUUCUUAUUUUUCUAAUCACCUCUAAGUCUGCUAAAAGUAUGUAUUAUAGAAUCUAGAUCAUUGACACGUUCACAACUGUAUUGAAGUAUGAUUCGCAAGAUGUCAUAUCGCACUGAAAAUGGUCGUGUAAACUUUUUUUUUUUAAAGCGUCCAGUUAUCCCUUGACCGACUCAACUGAUGUUAAGUGAGGAUGCAGACUGAGAUGGUAGUGGGCUAAUUUAUUCUACCUGUGGCGGUUUUUGUACUCGCCAUCGUACCGGAACGCUAAAUCGAUUAGCCGUCUUUGACAGUUAAGCCACAGUCGACGCCUGCCAGCAAUACCAGACGUGAGCCAGUUAAGUAAGACUAUAAAUCAUAAAUUUAAAAGACUAAAAAUCAUUGGAAUCUGACAAAAUCGUGGAAUAAGUCUAGUUUGCAAUGCACCUGAGUUUAGUAACAGGGUCUUGGAUUUGACUUAAAAUUUUGUAAUUUAUAGAAAAUUGGUUGAAAUUUUCGAAAGUUUUAAUUAAAGGUAAACCUAGUUUUAAUUACUAUCUACUUAGAAGAAUUUAUUUAUGUAAUAUGUUGAAUUAUUUCACUCAGUAUUAAAUACAAUGUAUUCAUAUUUCCUAGGAAAAGUUCUAGGUGUACUAAAAUAUGUUAUUUUGUAGAUUUUUGGCUUUUGAAUAAAAAUCACAACACCUACUUGUAUGUAGUAAGUUGAGAUUUUUAUUCAUUCUAGUUAGAUCAUUCUAUCUGUUCUAAAAGUAUAGAUAAAUAUUUUGGAUGAAUAUAAUAUAUAUUCUGUGGGUAGGCUGAUCGGAUAACUUCUAGAUUUAAUUAGGCAAGUACUGUCCGUUAUACGACUUAUAGAUAAUUUUUAAUUCUAGUUAUUAAAUGUUCACUGAUUCAUCCAUUUAAAAAAGAAUAGGUAUAAAAUAUAAUCUAUCUAAUAAAUAAUAUUAUGAUUACAAUAAUAGAUAAUAUGUAUGUUAUGUGCCAUUAUAAGAUGUUAUUUUAUUAUAAUAAUUAUGAGUCAUAUACCUAUAAUAUAAUCGCACCCAAUUCUCGAAAACUUUUUGUCAUUUUAGAUAAUUUACAUUAGAUUAUCUGCGUUUAAUGCACAAAAUAUGUUGUUAUCACUAACUACGUAAAAUAUAGAUUAUACUUUUGUAAAUAUACUUAUCGUAUCGCUUGCUCAUUUAUUUGUUAGAAAUUAAUAGGGAAAAACCCAUAGUAAAAUACAUUAAAAAAUAUAUUAUGUCACCUACCCGUGAUGUAUAGUACGCAUGUAGUAAUAAAAUUAACAAUGUAAAUCGAGUAAGUAGGAUAUUUAUUUGAUACUAUGCGUUACGAAAAUUUUCAGGAAUAUGCAUUGAUUUAACGAU